CUCUUUCAGACCACCGGUCCAGAUCAUUCACCCGUCUCUUACAGUUUUGCUUCUUGUUUUAACCUUAACGAUAUCCAAUGACAGCAAAAUAUCGCACAUAAGAAGCUGACAUAUCUUGCCAAGCCAUUUUUAUAUGCACCGUCUUCCUCAAGAGGAGGGUCGCUUUUACCCACCCGAUGUUCCUUCAUCAGUUGAGCUCCUUCAGCUCCUCCUUCCUGUCCCACACCCGUCCCGCUCUCUGCAGGGCUGGCUUCAGGAGCAGCAGUGCCGCCUCCUUCUCCUCCUCCCGCCCCCAUUUUAUCCCCACUCCUCCUCCUCCAUGGUGGUUGAUGCAGGGAUUUUCCCCCUGGCCACCUCAGUUCCCCCGCUCCCACCCAGCAGGCCAACACCCCAUGUCCUCUGGUAGGACAUUGCACCCGCAGAACAUCAACCUCGAUAACUUUGGUGGUAGUCGGCGUUCAUUCUCCACCUCUGCCCGCCUCAUGAUGGAGCGUCCAGACAGAGAGCCUCCUCACAAACGGAGGAAGAGUACAGAGGAGAGGAGGGGCGCUGACGAGAGGGAAAACAGAGGAGGAGCAGCAGGCGGGACAGGAGGCAAGGCCAAGGAUGGCGGCUCCAAGGAGCACCAUCACCUGAAUUUCAGCACAGGCAGCCGCCCGCGACCAAACCAACGCUACAAAGAUGGAAGCAGAGACCGAGGGAAGAACGGAGCCGGAAAAGGUGCUAGUCUUGAAAACAGCAGAGAAAAAGACGUUGAAAGGACUAAAACUGAAAGCAAAGGCACUCAGAGAAAAGACGGUUCCAAUCAAGAUGAAACCCUGACUCGGGGGAGGAGCGCGCAUCAGCAAGGAGGGCAUAAAGACUCACAGGCUGUCAGCUCUAGGACUCAGACCCCAAAGUCAAACCCUGAACAGGAUAAAGUUCCCACACAUAAACCCAACCCCUGGUUCAAAGGCCGGGGAGCAGAGGAGCAGGGAGGGUGGUGUGGGGGGAAUACACAUCCACCAGAGGGACAGAUCGGGGACAGAGGUAGUGAUAGAGGGCAGUGGACGGGGCUUCUUUCUCAGCCCUGCAGCACCUCAAACCCGUGGCAGGUCGCAGGAGCCAACAGACAACCUCCUCCAGCUGGAAGCUGCCCCCCGGUCAGACUACAGGGGGACGUGAAACCUGUGAGAUCUCUUCAGAGACACUGGGAGGCCUCGCCUGCCUGCAGUACAGAGAUCCAGCCACCAGGAGACAGCACAGCGUUUGACUUCUCAAUAAUGUCCUACAACAUUCUGUCUCAGGAGCUGCUGCAGGACAACGUCUACCUGUACCGACACUGUAACCCCGGCGUCCUGCCGUGGGACCACCGGCUGCCCAACCUGCUGGCUGAGAUCAAGCAGUACGACGCUGAUAUUCUGUGUCUCCAAGAAGUCCAGGAGGACCACUAUGAAGACCAGAUUAAACCUGCUCUGCAGGCACUAGGUUACCAGUGUGAGUACAAGAAGCGAACAGGAAGGAAACCCGACGGUUGUGCUGUUGUCUUUAAAACCUCCCGCCUGUCACUCCUCUCAUCCAAUCCCGUCGAGUUCUUCCGCCCUGGCGACGCCCUCCUUGACCGUGACAACGUGGGGUUGGUUUUGCUGCUGCAGCCUAACAACACAAUGGGCCAAUCAGAUCCCUCAGCCUUCAUCUGUGUCGCCAACACUCACCUCCUCUACAACCCUCGCCGUGGCGACAUCAAACUGGCCCAGCUGGCAAUCCUAUUGGCCGAGGUCAACCGGCUGUCCCGCCUCCCGGACGGGUCGACCAAUCCGGUCGUGUUGUGUGGGGAUUUUAACUCCACACCCUGGAGUCCACUGUACAGCUUUCUGACCACAGGCUGCCUGGAGUACACCGGCCUGCAGAGCGGCAUGGUGUCUGGUCAGGAAAGCAAUCCCAGAGGUCAGCGUGUCCUCACGCCUCCUCUCUGGUCUCACAGUUUAGGAAUCAGCCAUCAGUGUCAGUACAAGAGCAAACCCUCGGCUGAGUCGUCCUGCAGCAGCCCGUCAGCAGUCGAAGGAGCGAUCUCCAAACUGACUGUAGAAGAUCUCGCCACCAAAGCUGCUGCUGCUUUUCACAGAGCAAGGAUCGAGCACAGCCUGAAGCUACAGUCGUCUUACCAGCACCACCUGAAGCCUGAUGGGAGACCCGAGAUCACCACCUGUCACUCCCGCACAGCCAUGACGGUGGAUUACAUCCUGUACACACCCGAAUUCAUCACACCUCCUUCACUUCCUGGUGGGCGUGGUCUGCAGCUGCUGGGCAGGCUGUCAUUGGUUGGCUGGUCGGAGCUGGAGAAGGUUAACGGCCUGCCCAAUCAGCAUCACUCGUCUGAUCACCUCCCUCUCCUUGCUCGCUUCCGCUUCCGCCUCUGACCCAGGCGGUCGCAGAGCAGCUCACACGGCACGAUGCGUCGACACUGCAGCUCAGGGAAGAGUUUAAAACGCUGAUAGAGGUAAAACAAACAAAAGGCGCAUAUGAAGUUGUUUUUUACACUCAUGUUUUCCACCUCACAGCUGUGAAGCACAGGUACAGAUGUUUUCUCAAAAAAAGUCUGCUGGUUGGUAAAAUCGUGACCUCCAAUAAGAAACUUGUCUUCAGUAUUUUGUAAAAUUCUAAAUACACCUCAGUAACUGCAGAAACCCGCCAGCAUAAAAGUCCAGUAUGAAGUCCAACACUGUCGAAUGUCCAAUUGUUUUCUGAAUAAUCUGAUUUUUGACAACUAAACAUGUGUUCUCUUUGGGGCAUAAAGAAAAUUCAUAAAGAAAAUUGACAGUAUUUGUUAUUUUACAGGAUUUUUUUUUAAUUCAGUGUCAUGUAGUUCUUUUUAAAAACUAAAAAUUUAAAGAAAAUAAAUUGAUAUAAACAGCUUGUAAUCAGAAAUACUUCACGAAAACUAACAUUGAACUUUACAAUUGUUACUUUGCUGUUAAAAACAUCAGUUCACUAUUGCUUGUGGAUAAAAAAAGUUCUCUUGAAACAUCUACGUUUAGCAAUUUCUUUUUAUUAUGAAACACUUUCCUUGUAAGCGGUGAAUCUAUGAAGGGACAAAUUUUAAGUCUUUUUUUUUUUUUUUUUAAAGCCUGAACAUUAUCACUUGACGUUAAACCACUAAAUACCUGAUUUGGUUGUGAUAGAGGAGCAAAGCAACUCACAUCACCACCCAAAUAAAACAGUAACAAUGAUUUUGCUCUGAAGAAUGAAGAGUUUAGUUUAGGUUUUAAAGCAACAAAUACAUUUAUCUAUAUUUUUUAUAAAAAAGACAGUUAAAGAACAAAUAAUUGGCUAUGUAAGUAAACUGCUUUUCAAAGUGUUUUAAGUUAUGACCAUACAUUUUCUUUCACCAGUUUCAAAGUUACUCCUUGUAUCAUUUCCGUGGAAAUUUGUUCAUAUUGUGAUUGUAAUUUAUGACACAGCUUGAAUAAAAAAAUACUGUGAAUUUUACUCAAACAGUACUGGAGUUUAAUUGAGUACCAACAGUCACGUGUGUACUCAUUGACAUGAUAAUAUCAAUUCAGACUUACACAUAGUCCGUAAAUAACAAAGGAAUUGAUGUAUUUUUCUAAUAUUUUGGAGAAUGUUUGCCAUUUUUGGACCAUU